CCUUCUUAGUCCUGCUAUAUAUCAUUGCUGAUAGAUGAAAAUGCAAGGUUUUAAUUGGUAAAGAAUGCGAUAGUUAUUUUCUACUAACUCUAUGCUUACAAACUUAAAUUUCUCAUUUGGCAACUUUUUUGUUAUUUUAUAGGAAAAUUAAAAAUGUUCAACAAUACCAAUAUCUUAUUUACCCUUUUUCUUUUGUCCCUCACGUGGUUUUACCCCCCUGCUUACCCAUGUCCUACGAAAGAUGCCUGCACCAAGGAGGAAGUCAGAAUAAAGUAAACCUCAAAAUCCAAGCAACCUUCAGGUUUUUGCAUUCACCCCCGUUUCAAUUUGUUAAUAAGCUUAGCUUUUGUAUAUGUAUGGUUGCUUUGCCUAUAAAGCAAUCCAAAAGAAUUGCAAUGAGCACCCUUUCCAGCUACCUUCAGCUUUGAAACAUCAUCCCCUUUGUCCUCUACAGCAACAGACCUUUCCUGUUUUCAAGAGUUAUUCUAAACUGUGCCUAUAAGAUUGAUUUAAAGACAAAAGCAGGGAAGUUUAAACAGAGGUACAAGGUAUUAAUAUGGCAGAGGAUUUAGCAAUUAAUAUAGAAGAAUUGGCAGCUUCUUUAGAGAAUGUAAUUUCUGAUGAUUUAUACAUGUCUCCUAAUUGUUGCAUCUUUGAAACACCUAAAAUACUCUCCAGGCACAAUGAAAAAGCUUACAUCCCCAAUGCAUUUGCCAUUGGUCCAUUCCACCAUGGCCAAGAAAAUCUUAAACGCACAGAGAAAAUCAAGUACAAGUAUUUGCGAGGCCUCAUCUCUAGAGCACAAAAUCCAAAACAAAAGAUGAGGGAAUUCAUCAGAGAAAUCACCAAAAUGGAAGAAAAAGUUCGUCUGUGCUAUGCUGGACUAGUAAAUUACAAAAGAGAAGAGUUUGUGAAAAUGUUGAUUGUUGAUGGUUGCUUCCUCAUUGAGCUUUUUCGUAGAGAUGGCAUAUUGGUCCCUCGAGACGAAGAUGACCCAGUAUUCACCAUGUCUUGCUUGCUUCAAUUUCUGUAUCAUGAUUUGAUUUUGCUAGAAAAUCAAAUCCCUUGGAUAGUGCUUGUUUGUUUGUUCAACUUGACCAGGGGCGAAAAUGAUAGAAAGCCAUUGGUUCAACUUGCUAUUGAAUUCUUUGCCAAUAUGUUUUCAUCAACUCCAUCACCUGUAGAUCCAAAUCAGCUUGCAGAAAGCAAGCACAUCCUUGACCUGUUAAGGAACUGGCUAGUUGCACCAAUUAUUCAGCAGAAGCACAGGUUAGAAACUUCAGAAUGGCAACCCUUUCCUUCUGCAACUGAAAUCAAAGAUUCUGGAAUCAAAUUCAAGAAGCUGGAACAAGCUACAAGCAUCUUGGACAUCAGAUUCAGAAACGGUGUUCUUCAAAUCCCAAACUUGUUGAUUCAAGAAACAACAGAGACUAUCUUCAGGAACCUCAUCAGCUACGAGCAGUGUUCCCCAGAUUGUCCCCCUAUAGUCACCUGUUACGCCAUUGUUCUCGAUAACCUCAUCAACACUGCAAAAGAUGUUCAGAUUCUGUGUAAAAAGGAGAUCAUAGACAGUUGGCUGAAUCCAGAGGAUGCAACCCAAUUCUUCAGCAAGCUCUACCUGGAUGCUUAUGUGAAAAAGUUUUACUAUCUGGGGCUGUGUCAGCAAGUGAAUGGAUAUCGCAAACGCAGGUGGCCCAAAUGGCGAGCAGCUUAUUUGCAUAACUAUUUUGGUACUCCUUGGGCAAUUGCUUCUCAGAUUUUUGCUGCUAUUAUUUUCACUUUUACUUUCUUGCAGACCUUGUUUACCAUCAUUAAAUAAUAGGAACACCCUCUGUCUAUUACUCAGUGGCCUUAUCAUUUGUCCUGAUACAAUUGUUUGAUGGUUUAGAAACGUCCUUUUCUUAAGGAAGUUAGCAAUUUAGUCCUUGAAUUUUAUCACUAAUGACAAUCUGGUCCAUGUAGUUUAAAAAUUACACUAUUUAGUGCAUUGGUUUUGCUUUCUGAGUUCCA